CCAGGGCUGUCCUCUCAACACCGUGGGACACACCUUCCUUCAGCUAAGGAGGAAAGCAGGAAACCAGCAUGUCACAGUAUCGUCAAAUGAUUUCUGUAUGUGCUUCUUUUACUUUUUAUGCGUCUGGAGACUUCUGAACUAUGCAAACUUGUAAGAAGCUGUUGAGAGGAAACGCAUAUCUACUUGAUCCUUUUCCAAGUCCACGGAUUUAAACACAAUCACGGAUUUAACAUGAGCAUUGUAUCUUGGAGAUGUGUUUUCUACUUUGUUGUAUUUAGUUUUGUGGUCAUAUUUUUUAACAUAAGGGCAGAUGCAAUACUGGAGGGUUCCUCUAUGGGUUACCUGAGCCUGCCUUAUAGUCAGCAGUCUGUGGUGUUUCCGCGGGUCAUUCGUGUAUCUGAUGUCAAGGUAUCUGAUGAAGGCCAUGCAAUUAACUCUCGACGGAAAAGGAACAUCCUUUUCCAAAGUGGAGUCAAACUCUGUGCACAAGACACCGCCCAACAAGUCGUUGCAACCCACCUAAACUACUUUCAUCUCAGAGUGUGCCAGGAGACCAUAUGGGAGGCUUUCAAGAUAUUUUGGGACCGCCUCCCAGAGCAAGAAGAGUACCAAAGCUGGAUGAGCCAAUGCCAGGAGGGCACAGUCACAGCACAAUAUAUUGGCAGCUACUUUAGCCAAUCAGAGGAGCAUCAGGCUCUGGUUAAAAAGAGAAUGUCACUGCCAGGUUUGAAAAGUGAGCCCACCAGGUCCUGGCAACAUAUCUGCAGCUCACCAACACCAACAGCCCCAGAAUCUGUCGAAGCUCCUGAGCUAGAAGACAAAGCAAAUGGAGAGGUGGAGAAGGCAGCCACUAUUGUCCCAGAGGUGGAGGAGAGUCUGCUGGACAAUGACAUUGCCGUACAGCCUUCCACCCCCACUGUGCUGGAGCAGGUGGUGGAGCUGAGCAUCCUCCUGACCGGAGAGACGUUCAGCGACAACCUCAACGAUCCUGCCAGCCUUCAGCACCAAACACUCAGCAGACAGCUUGCUGAAAAGAUAGAGGACGCUCUGGAGGGGCUUCCUGGAUUUAAGAGCGUGUCUGUGCUGGACUUCAGGCCCCAGAAGGACACCGAAGGGCUGGAUGGCGUGGUGGCGGAAUUUGCUGUCACAGUGGUGGUGGAGGGAGAAGGUGUGAGCACUGAGCAACUGGACUACCUGACCUUGCAGUCAAACCGGGUGGAGAACUCAUACCGUGAGGUCAUGGAGCUCCCUACGGUGGUCUACACCAUCAGCGAGGUCAAAAACGUCAUCACUGUAGCCCUGCAUAACAACGAGCUAGAGAGUGUGUCUGAGGUCCCUGAGUCUGUCAACGCUGCAGACGUAGCCGCGAUUAAUGCUGUUGAUGAGCCACCAGAGGUCCUAAUCCUAGAAGAGGACACCGAGAAUGUCAACAAAGACGACGUCCUGCCUGUGCCCUCUGAAACCAACACAGUGACAAACACAGAAAAUGACGUCGUUGUUCUGGAGGAGAUUGCAGUUGUGUCUCCUGCUCCUGUCCUGACCACUAGAUCACCUGAAGCUGGCGGCAUUGAGGAGGAGGGUCUGCUACUAUGGAACACUGUGCAGACUCCUGUUGUAAAAAAAAAACCACCAGCAGAGCUCCCAGCUGAGCUUCCCUCACCUGAGCUGCCAGAGGGUGUCACACUGUCUGAACCACCGGUGGAAAUCGAGGCCUCUGGUUCAGGCACAGACGACCUGGAGGUCUUGAUCCAACCAUCUAUAUCCACAGAAGAAGAAAAAGAAGUGUCUCUUGAGGAGACUGGCUCAGAAGAUGGGCUGACAACACAAGACGUCACCAUAAAUGCAGGUGCCAUCUCUGAAGCUGAAACAGAGGAAGUUGAGGUUGCGGCAGUUGGAGAAGAACCUACUACGGCACCUCUGGAAGAGGAGCAUCUGGAUGAAGUAGUUGUGAAUGAGGCAGAGAUUCCAGAGGGGCUGGAGUUCUCCACAAUCGCAACUGAGACCACAGAAAAAGAAGACCUGCCUGCCCUAGUCUCACCUACUGCGGCUGUAGAUGUAGCGAGUAAAGAAUCAGAGCCGGAGGCAGGAGAAACAGAUCUGCUUCCUGUUGGUGAAGACUUGGUGGAGGGCACAGAAGAAGAGUUCACAGAUGUUCCAUCUGCAGAUGAGGGCAUAGAAGAAGAGUUCACAGAUGUUCCAUCUGCAGAUGAGGGCAUAGAAGAAGAGUUCACAGAUGUUCCAUCUGCAGAUGAGGGCAUAGAAGAAGAGUUCACAGAUGUUCCAUCUGCAGAUGAGGGCACAGAAGAAGAGUUCACAGAUGUUCCAUCUGCAGCAGAUGAGGGCACAGAAGAAGAGUUCACAGAUGUUCCAUCUGCAGCAGAUGAGGGCAUAGAAGAAGAGUUCACAGAUGUUCCAUCUGCAGAUGAGGGCACAGAAGAAGAGUUCACAGAUGUUCUAUCUGUGAAUGAGGGCACAGAAGAAGAGUUCACAGAUGUUCCAUCUGCAGAUGAGGAAGUUAACCCUGAACAGCCUGCGGAAGACGCUGACAUUAAUGUAAUGUUGACCUAUCCUGAGGAACCUGUAUUUGAAGCGGGUGGCAUGGAGGAAGCAACAGAGAGCGAGGGACAAGCUCCACCUGUAGAGGAAGAGGGCCCAGCAGCUCCAGAGAUCUCAACAGUGGAUCUUACAGAUGAUGAGAUCUUACUGGUCAACAUGAGGCCAGCCCAACCGACUACUCUGUCUCCAGAAAGGGAGUCGCCUUUCACCCAUAUCUCUGAUGUUGCUCAGACUGAUAUCACCAUCCCCUCACUGGUUGAGAUCCAGACUGCUAACGAAGGAUUGGAUGAUGCCACCAUUGGAGAUCAGGACUAUGAUGUGAUCCAUUAUGGUUAUGGUUUGAUUAACCACACAGAGGAGGGCAGCACUAGCUUUCCGUUUGGUGUGGCACACGGCACAGACCAAGUCAAUAUCGCCAUGCCUGUGAACCCUGGACGAGCACUGAUGGUGUUCUUCAGCUUGAGGGUGACCAACAUGAUCUUCUCAGAUGAUCUCUUUAACAAGAGCUCCCCAGAAUACAAAGCUUUGGAGCAACGCUUCAUAGAGCUGCUCGUGCCCUACCUGCAGUCCAACCUGAGUAACUUUGAGAACCUGGAGAUCCUGAACUUCAGGAACGGCAGCAUUGUGGUAAACAGUCGGAUGAAAUUUGGCAAACCUGUGCCACAAACCGUCACCAACACUGUCUAUCUGAUCCUGGAGGACUUCUGUAACACAGCCUACCAGACCAUGAACUUGGCCAUUGAUAAGUACUCACUGGAUGUCGAGUCAGGUGACAAGGCCGACCCCUGUAAGUUCCAGGCGUGUAACGAGUAUGCAGAGUGUAAGGUGAACAAGUGGUCGGGGGAGGCGGAGUGUGUCUGUAAUGCUGGCUACUUUAGCGUGGACAGCCUGCCCUGUCAGAGUAUCUGUGAGCUGCGGUCUGAUUUUUGCCUUAAUGACGGCAAGUGUGACAUCAUCCCCGGCCAGGGAGCCAUCUGCAGGUGUCGCGUCGGGGAGAAUUGGUGGUACAGAGGAGAGCACUGUGAGGAGUACGUAUCUGAGCCGCUGGUGGUCGGCAUAGCAAUUGCCUCUGUAGCUGGAUUCCUAUUGGUGGCCUCCGGAGUCAUUUUCUUCCUCGCCAGGACAUUACGGGAUCAGUAUGAUAAGGAUGAGCCAGAGGACCCCCUACGGCAAGCAGAGAGUAUACCGUCUCUGGAGAGGGCGACCAAGUACAACCCCAUGUAUGAGAGUGAAGCCACUACAGGCUACAGCCACUACUACCGCCGCUAUCCUGAAGCUCCCGUGUACAGCAGUGCCAGCGCUGAGGCCUCCACUGAAUUCAGCAGUGAGGAGAUACGACACAUCUAUGAGAACAGUGAACUGACCAAGGAGGAAAUCCAAGACAGGAUACGCAUUAUUGAGCUCUACGCAAAGGACCGGCAGUUUGCAGACUUUGUACGGCAUCAUCAAGCUGUUGUGGAUACCCGCAGAGAGAGCUCCUCUGCACACACAUGAAACUCUCCCAUGAACAACAAGAAACAUGCCUCUAUGUUAAGUGAAGCUCCCUGUCAAGACUCUGCACUUUCUUCAUCAUGGCACUCAGAAUCUGGACAGUUUAAGACAGAAUGUCAUUCAGCACACUGCUCUUUAUUUUCUGGACCAACAACCCCUCUCUGUCUCUGCGUAUGUCUCUGAAGUGUUGACUGUUCUUCCUCCUUCCUUUGUGCCUUCUCUUGACUGGGUGAGCUGGUUGUAACAUCAAGUGUUUACUGCUCAUCUACUGGACGUCUCCCUUUUGGGGAAAACUGGACUGCAUCCUAUUACUUGAAAUUUUCUUCACAUUACUGUCUAAAGUAGUCCUUUUGUUUAGUGGAAUAAUCAGUUUUGUUUUGUCUUGUCAUAUCUGUCCAUUCUUAAAUGGAAGAACUUAAAUCUGUGAAUAUGUAUAUAUAGUGUUACUGUUAGGAUGUUUGCUAGUUAAAAUAUACUUUUUGUCUUUACAAAGCUCAAAUUUACUCUUUAGGUUUUCUCAGAGAGGCGCAGCGACAACUGCUCAAACUGCUUUAGUCAAUGGUGCUAUCUUGAUUUAAAAUGUAGUGGUCUACGAUGACACAUUUUUAAAAUUUAAAAAGGACACCAAUGGAUGAACUCUGUAUACAAUACCGUAUAUUAAAGAAAUAGUUCAACCAUUUUUGGAAAUAUGCAUAUUCCCUUUCUAAGACUUUUAUGAGAAGAUCCAUUGAACUCUCAUAUCUGUCCGUUAAAUAUAAAGGUACAGCCAGCAGCCGUUAGCUUAGCUUAACACAAAAGUUGGAAACAGGGGAAACAGCUAGCCUGGGAACGAAAUCUGCCCAUGUAAGUACGUUUAUAUUAAACAAACUAGAUAUAACAUGUCAAUAAGGGUAAGAGAUACUGGUAGGAGGAUUUAGCUAUGUACACAGAAAGUGGAAUCAAUCUUUCCAUCUGAAUCUCUGCCAGAAAGCAAAUAAGCGUAUCUCCCAAAAUGUCAAACUAUUACUUUAAGGUGGCCAAAUGUAAUGCUUGUGUAUUAUUACUGUUCAUCAAUUUAAAAGCAGCCUUUCACAAUCUGAAUGCUAGUCCAGCUAUUUUUGUCAUGGCAGGUGAUUUUUCUGCCGUUUUAACAGCUCCAUGAAUCAGAAGCUUUGGUGUGUAUGUUUAUAAAUGUACAGCGUGGUAGACAUGAGAAAGUGAAAACAGUGGUGAUGGGAGAAAGGCAGAGAACAUGAACCCUCUAUAGCUCUGGGAUUCAGAAAUAAGUGAAAACACAUCUCAGUGGAAAAAUGCUCUGGGGCAAGCAGGCCAGGGAUUUGAUCAAAUGGUCUGCUUUCAGAUGUCAUAUGUAAUGCAACUGAAAGAACAGGUAAACCAGGGAAAGCAAGCUGAUAAACAACAUGCACUCUUUGGAAAGACAACCUCCAGCUGUGCCUCCUGCUGAAAAAACCUCAAGGUUACCAGCAAUUCUUUAAAAAAAUGAUCUGCCCUGUGACUACUUGUUUGGCCAUGAUCCUGUUCCUCAAUCUGAAACCUUCUGACAGACUAAUUCCAGUGUUUUCUUUGGUGUUCUCAUAUGUUCCUCUUUGGACUUGAUCCCUCUUGUCCCCUGAAUGGACCCCCACAGCUGCAGCUGAUUAUGAUCUUUAGGUUUUUCGCUUGUUGUCGUCCAGUGUGACGUCCAAAUCAGACACAUAGAUCAUGUUUACAUUACAUGCUUCUCGUCCUCCGCGCUUAUUUUAGAGGUCUACACAAGCGACAAACAUCGGUAAAGCAGACCAUUGUAACAGUGUCAUGCCUUUUUCAGUCUGCAUAUUCAAUUGUAUUUGUAUAUGGAUGCUUUUUUUAGUGUCUGCAUACAGUCUUUGUCAACGUCGUCCAUCUGCAACCUGGACAAACGGCCAAUCAUCCCAUACAGUGUUCUGUCGUGUAAAUAACAUUGUAGAUAUUAGUAACAGUUGUCAGUUGUAAAUCAUGUGUGUCUCAAAUGUUUCAAUAUAUGAACAUAUUCUUUUUAUACUGAUAACUGUUUCACCAUUUUAACAGUGUUAUCAUACCGUGCAGCUUUGUAAAUUACUAAUAACAAAUUGUAACAUGUACAAAAUAAAGUGUUUUAUAUAAAAUGCA